AGCUGCUGAGCGGAGGAUAAAAUGUUGGUAAGCGAUGCUUGUAGAGGCUUUGGUGCAAAAAACCUUGAAGAGUCAAAGGUGCAAACUCCAAAAAAGGACAAGCAAAUUUUAGAGUCACUGAGCUCUCCACGUCAUUCCACCUUUGAAGGUGGAUUUAGAACUAACUGCUGCAAACUCUUAUUUGUUGCCAGGCUUUCAUUCAGUGGACUUCAAUUGGAUCCAUUUGAAGGUCACCGAAUCCAAUGCUGACGAGUGUAUCUCCAUCCUAACACCACAUCCAUCCCACCUUGGCAUUUUCUGGGGGUGCGCGUAAACACUGAGAUUAAAAAAUAAAUAAAAUGAGACAUGUGUCAUCAAACCAGCCAAGGGGUGUGUCCUGGCUGCCGCCACUGCUCCUCCUGCUGCUAUCGCUCGCCCAGAGGGCCGUUUCCAUGGCGAUGCCACACAACUCCACGGGCUGGCAGCAGAUUCUGGACAAGUACUUGGACGAGGAUGGCGAGUGGUGGGAGGCCAAGCAGAGGGGGAGGAGGGCCAUUGCUGACAGUGACGCCCAGCUCAUACUGGACCUGCACAACAAGCUCCGAGGUCAGGUGUACCCGCAAGCCUCCAACAUAGAGUACAUGGAAUGGGACACCGAGCUGGAGCGUACGGCGGAGGAGUGGGCCGAGACGUGUCUGUGGGAGCAUGGUCCCGCAGGCUUGCUGCCACAGAUUGGACAGAAUCUGGGCGCCCACUGGGGGAGGUAUCGCCCCCCCACCUUCCACGUUCAAGCCUGGUAUGAUGAAGUGAAAGACUUCUCUUUUCCUUACCCCCAGGAGUGUAACCCUUACUGCCCAUUCCGAUGCUCCGGUCCCGUUUGCACGCAUUAUACACAGUUGGUGUGGGCCACCAGCAGUCGCAUUGGCUGCGCGGUCAACUUGUGCCACAACAUGAACGUGUGGGGACAGAUUUGGGCCAAGGCUGUGUACCUUGUGUGCAACUAUUCGCCAAAGGGGAACUGGUGGGGCCAUGCACCUUACAAACACGGGGCGCCUUGUUCCGCUUGUCCUCCUAGCUAUGGAGGCGGCUGCAAGGACAACCUUUGUUAUAAAGGUCACGAUAGCCACUUCCUUCCGGAGGAAACCGAGGAAAACAACUUUAUCGAGCCAGAGGCUACACAGAGUAUCCGGUCCCGGGUUUCAAAACCCGAGACUGCCGGUGUUCCCGCUCCCGCCACCAAGCCCCCCACUGUUAACCCGCUAAAGAAUGAAGUGGUCAACACGCAGCAGAUGUCCCAGCUCGUGACUUGUGACACCAAGCUUCGAGAUCAGUGUAAAGGAACUACGUGUAAUAGAUAUGAAUGCCCCGCAGGAUGUUUAGAUUCGACAGGGAAAGUGGUUGGGACAGUUUACUUUGAAAUGCAAUCUAGCGUGUGCCGGGCCGGUCUACACGCUGGUGUCAUCGAUAAUGACGGAGGAUGGAUGGAUGUAACGAGACAGGGAAGAAAGGACUUUUUCAUUAAGUCCAACAAGAAUGGAGUCCAGUCACUGGGGAAAUACCAGAGUGCUAAUUCAUUCAUGGUAUCCAGAGUAGCAGUUAAAGCGAUCACAUGUGAAACCACAGUGGCACAACUGUGUCCUUACCAAAGGCCUUCAAAACAUUGCCCACGGUUAUACUGCCCAAGGAACUGUUUAGAGGUGAACCCGCACAUAUUCAGAGUAAUCGGUACCAGGAUAUACUCUGAUAAAUCCAGUAUUUGCCGUGCGGCUGUCCAUGCCGGGGUGAUCAGGAACAACGCGGGCGGAUACAUCGACGUCAUGCUGGCGGACAAACGGAAACUCUAUAUCGCCUCUAACCAAAAUGGCGUUGUCUCGGAAAGUCUUCAGAAUCCUCCCGGCGGGAAGGCGUUCCGGGUAUUCGCCGUCAUUUGAGUGACUGACUCCGCCCGCCAUCAAUAACAUGCGACAUGCCCAAAUGGAGAGCUCACUCUAGCUUGUGAAUAAGGCGCUAAUCAAAGCCUGAAAUGUUUUCUUGCCUUU